GGUACCGACAUCCUUCUCCAGACACCAACCUGUGUUUAACCCACCUGCACCUUAAAAUAAUUCACUUUUCUGCUGUUUUAUUUAAUCCAGCAAUGAUUGGAAAGCACUGAGGCACUUAUGCACACUGCCCUCGGUCGGUUAGAACUCCUCACUGCAUGCGGAGAGAGCAGUAUAGCAGCGCUCUCUGGCUCCUCUCAUCUCAUUCUCUAGAAGAUGGCGGACUGCGCUUCACUGUUAGAUGAGGAGCUCUCUUCAUUUGUCUUCAAUUACUUGACUGAAAACUCCGGCAGCCAGUAUGGGGAAGAGGAGGUCUGCUCGGACCGCCUGGAUGCUGACUUCCCUGACUUUGACCUCUCGCAGCUGGACGCCAGUGAUUUUGACUCAGUGAACUGCCUCAGUGAGCUGCAUUGGUGCAACGAGCACUCAGAUCACUCCCCUGCCUCCAUACAGUACAGCGGAGGAGACUCAGAGCUAUUCGAGGAAGAAAAUGCGGCACUGCUCGCUGCCCUCACAGACAGCCUGGACGGCAUUGUUGAGGACGGAGUCGGGGGUCUGUCUGUGUUCCCUUCGCUGGGGGACGACCCUGAGGAGGGCGAGGAGGAGGACGAUGACCUCCCUUUGGACAGUGAGCCCCUUCCUGGCUCUUUGAGCCCAGAGACAGAAGACCCAUCUCUACUCAAAAAGCUCCUGUUGUCACCCCCUAAUGUGCCUGCGGGCCUCGAUUCGCACAAAGACGGCGGCGUGCAUCGCCAUAGCAGCAGGAGCCAACACGUCAAACCCGUGAGGCCCGUGCUAAAGAAGGACAAAUCAAGCACACAGGAGCGUAAGCCACGGCCAGUGAGGCCCUCCGGCCGUCUUUGCACUGAACUCCACCGCCACCUCACCACCGCGCAGGAGGCCGAAGACGCGCCCUCCGCCGACACCGAGGAAGAGGAGGAAGAGGAAGACGAAGAGGACAGUGACUCGGAGGAGGAAGAGGAGGAGUCGUCCGGCAGCGAGGGCGAGAGCAUGGUGUGCGUCGAGCCGGCGAAGCCUCAGUUCUCCUCCGAAAAAGAACUGCACUCAGUAGUGGAGCUCAUCAAAUACAUGCACACGUACUGCCUGCCCAUUCGCAAACAGGCCAGCUGGGAUCGCAAAGAGCGCGAGGCUUCUGCGCGUAAGGCCAAGCCCGAGAGCUCACAGGUCCUUCGCAACCUUCCUGUGAACUCUCAGAAAGCGGCUCCCCAGACCAGCAAGCCAAGGGUUCCUUUCACUCGCCGCAGGGAAAUCAAAGCCCACUCCCUGCUGAAGGAGCUGCUAGAGGCCGUCAGCUCGUUUGACGUAAGCAAGCCUUACAGAAUGCACAGCCCUCCUUAUAUCCACUGCAGAGGGGCUGUGACUCGGCUCGCCGCUGACCUUUCUUCCUCCUCCCCUGCGCGUCAGCCCAAAGUUGAACUUAAAGACUCAGACUGCGAGAGCUCGCAGAAGGCCGCGAAGCGCCCCAAGAGCCCCGAGCCGGAGGAAGGCUCCUUUUCUGUCAGGCGUUCUCGCCGGCUGGCCUCCUUCCCCAGCCGAUUCGCUAAGAAAGUGCGUGUGAACUGUGGCCGCUCGGAACCCAGCGCUGGGCAAUCGAACGAAGAGGAGAAUGCGGUCAAACAUCCUCCCACUGAGCCUCCUUCUGACAGUAGCCAGAAGAGCAGCUCCCACAAGGCGUCUGAAGCCCAAAACCCAUGCUGCAGUGAUGAGAAGCGUUCCUGCCUCUGUCUGCCACUGGCGUCCAAAUCCAACGGAGACGCGCAGUAUGCCAACAAACCCUUUGAGCAGACUCUCUCUGUGGAGCUGUGUGGCACAGCAGGCCUCACUCCCCCCACCACACCCCCCCACAAACCAGUGGAGGACGAGCUCUUCAAACCAGACGGAAAAGCUGAGCUCACCACCAAGAGCUCGUGUCUGGCGCGGGCACACAUACGCAAGCUCCCAGAGCAAACAGAACUGUACGCCCAGCUGCGCCGGAUGGGCCAAACGGGCGACAUGGACUCUAAGAGCGGGACGCAACGUGCGUACGGGGACCACGAUUACUGCCUGUUGGGUCUGGGAGAGAGUUGCAAGACGGUGGCGGCGGCACUCGGCUCUCAGUGCCGUGUGGAGGUGCAUGAGGAAGAGGAGGUGGCUGUGAAGAAUGGGGAGAUGGAGGGACAGGAGGAGAGGCUCCUAAUGAAUUGCCAGCAAAGGACUGAGGCUGAUUUGCCCGUGGCCUUGUCCACACCCAGUCCAGAGCAAACCGGUCAACCCUCACCUGUCCGUUCUCCAACCCCAGAGCUGGACGCCCAGUCCCCGGUUUCCUGUUCACCCCCUUCCCCCGGCUGCAAACUCCCCUUCAGCGAUGAGAGCUCAGAGACAUGCCACGGAGCGGCUGAAAAAAGGAGCAAGACAAAGUGUGGACAAGAGAAUGAUGUGAACAAGUGCCAAGUGAUCUACAUUCACAACCUUCCGAGCAGCGUCACUCAGUCCAUGCUGCGUAAGCGCUUCGAGGCCUUCGGCCGUCCGGAGGAUUGUAAAGUGGUCAUCAAAAACGAGGAGCGUUGUGGGGUGAUCACACUGAGACCCGCUCAGAAUGCCCAGACCUCACGGCACAGGUGGGACUCGCUCGGUCCGAGCGGAGGGAGCGGGAGCCGGCGGUUCGGCAGGAAGCGUUACAUUGAUCUGGAUGAGGCGGGUCCCGGUCCGGUGAAGAGCAAGUACGAUGCACUGGACUUUGACGCUCUGCUGAAAGAGGCCCAGAGGAGCCUGCAUCGCUGACACGCCUUACCACGCCUCCAGCGUCACGCCCUGUCCGAGACUCGCCUCAGCACCUCAACCAAGGCACUUCUUCAUGUUUACAUUUUGAACAUUGGAAUUUAAAAAAAAUAGACCUUGUCACUUCUAACUGAGGAUCGGAGAACACUGGGGCGGGAGGAUUACAAAGGAACAGAAUCAGCUCUGAGACACCGGACACAAGUGCUGCUUCUCGUGUGUGUGUGUUUGAUGCCAUUCGUGACGUCGCGAGCGGCUCGGGCUUCGUAGCAAACCGCACUCUUUUCCAUCGGUUGUUGUGACGUGCGUGUGCUUUUUGUUUGUUUUUUAUUUUUAAUUUGUACCCCUUUGUCACUCUUCAUAGACCUGCAAGGUGCUUUCACCAUUUUGUCGUACAAAUAUAUAAACAAUAACAGCUUUGUAUUAGCGAAAACUUUGUGGAUGUUGUGUGUGUGUGGAUUAAAAAGUGGAUUUAAAAAAACGACAAACAAAAAAAUCCUACAAGGUAGAGUUUACAAAUCAAUAAGUCGAGAAAAAAGUAGUCUUUUUGUAAUUUUAGUGCUUCCUUGAUUUCAUCUAUGCACUCAAACGAGGUAGUGCUUCUUUGGUCCGGCCUCCGCCCUCCUCUGGACGGGGCUUUCGCUGCUUUCGCAGAGUCCGAACCUGACUGUACGUUUUAUUUGACGUUGAAAUACUCCUGUCCCAGCCAAAACUAUUCAAGUGUAUCAAAACAACAGCCUGAAACAGCCAAUGGUGCGAGUUCAGGGGCGGGGCUUUCAGUUUGGCUGACCAAUUAGAAACCAGUUUGAAAAUGCAACCCGAUCCGUUUUAGAAUCCCACAUAUUUCGAGAAUGUACUGAUCACUCAUCAAUUCGAAAGUACAGUUAAAGGAGAAGUCCACUUUCAGAACAAAAAUGUACAGAUAAUGUACUCACCCCCUUGUCAUCCAAGAUGUUCAUGUCUUUCUUUCCUUAGUUGUAAAGAAAUAGUUUUUUGAGGAAAACAUUUCAGCAUAUAGUGAACUUCUAUGGUGCCCCGAGUUUGAACUUCCAAAAUGCAUUUUAAAUGCGGCUUCAAAAGAUCCCAAAUGUGGUUGUAAACAAUCCCAGCCGAGAUCAAGCAAGAUCGGUUAUUUUCAUAAAAACAAUACAAUUUAUAUACAUAUAUAUAUAUAUAUAUAUAUAUAUAUAUAAACGUGUACUAGUGUACUUUUUAACGUCAAAACGCUCGUCUUGUCUUGCUGUGCCUGAGCUCUGUUUUUUUCCGGUUCAUGACAGUGUAUGUCGAAAAACUCCCAUUUCUUAUUCUUCCUGAGCUUCAAAAUCACCCUACAUUGCUGUUUUGCCUUUUUUGUUAAGGGUGCUUGAUCUUCUUUGCAUGUUCACUUUGCAAAGACUGAGUUGGUACUUCUGCAGCGACGUAGGAUGAUUUUUGAAACUUUUUUGCGGCUGAGGGAGAACAUACGAUCAGAGUUUUUUGACAUACCCUAACGGUCUUGAACCAGAAUACACAGAGUUCAGAGCAAGACAAGACGAGCGUUUGAGAUUAAAAAGUAUUUAAAUUGUAUUUUUUAAUGAAAAUAACUUCCUCGGCUGUGAUUGUUUAAAGCCCUUUGAAGCCGCAUUUAAACUGCAUUUUGGAAGCUCAAACUCGGGGCACCGUAGCAGUCAAUUAUACGGAGAAAAAUGCUGAAAUGUUUUCCUCAAAAAACAAUUUCCUUACGACUGAAGAAAAAAAGACGCAAACAUCAAUAAUUUACAUCAUUAUCUGUAAAUUAUUGUUGUUCUCCUCUAAGCGUUUGGACUCUUCCAGCAGCACAGCCCUGCCAGACGUCCAGGCGGUUGGCGCAUUGGAGCGCUGCUGGUUUAGAGAAGGGUGGCGGUAAACAAGAGGAAGAUCUUUCCAGAGCUCAAUCUCAUUAGAGAUACGGUGGUAUCUCUGCUUUGUUUACAUGUCACUCUCUCAUCCUCUUUCUCUCUAUAAGCUCAAACACUCUUUUUUUACUCUCUCCUUUCCGACAGGGGAAGAUCUGCGGGUUUUUUCUAGCUCUUACCUUGUGGCUACUUUGUCCUUCGUGUGUGUUUUUUGAAGUCUAAACGUGUACCAGUGUAUAACUGCGUGUCGUCCGUGUCUUUUACGGGAUCUGGGGGCUGCUCGGUCCCUUAUUAUAUGCCGGGACCCGUUGCUUUUAUUCUGCGGGGGUCUCCUCCAACCUUUGGCCUGUGGAUCUAGUGCAGUUGCGAGCGAGUGCGCGUGUGUAUGUGCUGGUUUAGGGAGAGCCGGCGGCCUCUCUCUUCACUCCCCUUUAUCCAGAAACACACCCCGAACCUGAAUGUUUACAUGACUGAAUUCUCUUUCGACUUUUACUAGAGCGCACACUAAGUACAGAACGCCUUAUUCAGUGUUUAAGUACCCUAUCAGGACGUGCCUUUCGGCUUUCCCUUUUACGGUACUGAGCUGUUACUUUGGACACGGCCUCUGAAUACAACAGCCGCUUUUGACCAAUUCGCCCUAGAAGAUCUUCAACUGAAUGAGUGUUCGUGCUUAGUAUGUAUACUACUAAAUAAGCGAGAGAUGUGCUGGUUUACAUGAUUAUAUAUAUAAAUAUAUAUAUAUAUACAUAUAUAUGGAGAAGUAUAUAAUGUGUAUAUAGCACUGUGUCUUGUGUAAACAUGAGAUGUGUGGUUAUGUGCUGUACAGCGACGUGGUUUUAAAGGGUGGCUCUGAUUGGUUGUUGGUGAACCUGAAGAUGCAAGCAAUACAGGGAGAUCCAGAAGGGAAUUUUCAUUGAUUAUGGCUUCAUAAGUCAACCACAGUUGUAUAAAGUGUCCCUUUAGAAAUGGUUCUUUUUAUAUGUUUUUCUUUUUUAUGCAAUUGAGAUGCAAUACCGCUAGGAGAGCCUUCCUCGUAACGGAAGGGUUUAUUGAAGAGAUUGGUUGUUUUAAGGAUAAUCGAAUCCUGUACUGUACGUCGCAGACGGCUCGGAUCGUUCGGAAAGAAGGUUUGGCCGAGAGGGAUUUUUUUAUUAGGAAACGACACAAACAGCCCAAUCUCACAGGGAGAGCCUUAAACCUUAGGGGAAAACAAAGCUAUCAGUCCUGUCUGAUCUCCUUUACAAUCCAAUGUGUUUUCUUUACUGAACUACGUAAACUUUUUCAAUACAGCCAUAUUAUAAAAGGUAUAUACAUAUAUAUGAUUCUAUAUAUACAUAUAUAUAUUUGUGUGUUUGUGUAGAUAAAUAUAUAGAUGAUAUAAUUUGUUAUAGACCAUUUUAUUCAGUGUUUCAGAACACUUCAAUACAUUUCAACACUGUCAAUCUAGAAUGUACAGAUCCAAAUUAAAAACAUAAAAAAUAAAAAAGGUAAAAAAAAAAAAAAAAAAAAAACUUCCAAAGGGAACCUUCUUCAAUGCAAUACAUUUUUCCAGCCCUCAUUUUAGCAAUCGCUAGACAAGUUGACCAAAAAGUACAUUUGAUGUUUGGAUACGGGAGAAGUGCGGUAUCGCAUCAAAUCCAUUUCAAGAAUGUCAUGAUCGUUGGCUUGGCCCUGCGUGUGUGUAUGCGAGUGUGCGUGUGAUUUCGUCCUGUUUUUUUUUUUU